AUGACGGACAGCAAGACAGAAAAGCAGCCUGUGAAAAGGGUCCUGAAGCCGGUCCCUGAUCGCGGAAUUUACGUGCACUCUUCCAAGACGAAAUCCAACGAUCAAUUUGCCCUUCCCGGCUCUGUACCGGAGCCUGAAAUCGUUCGCAUCAACACCAUGGCAGUGCCACAGCCGUUUCUGGAGCCCGACAAGCUGGAGCAGUGGAAGUGA